AUGGCCGACUCUCAGACACCGCAACCUCCCUCUGGAUCAGAGCAUCUCACCUCAGCUCCGGUCACUGAAGAUAAUAUUAAACCCGACCCUGACCUCGAUGCCUCAAUCGAACAAGACGUCGACAUGAAUACCGAAAACCAACCCGGCGCUAAUGCCGAUGACUCUGCCGCGCCUGGCAUGGAUCCUAUGGCGCCGGUGCCGACGCCCUCCAAGAAGGAAACGAGCUUGCGCGAGUUCCUGGGCAAAAUGGACGACUAUGCUCCCAUCAUCCCCGACGCCGUGACAGCCCACUACCUCACCCUAGCCGGCCUCCCACCACCAGGCACAGGACCCGGCCAAACCCCGCCGCACCUAGCACGCCUGCUAGCCCUCGCGGCUCAGAAGUUCGUCUCAGACAUCGCUGCCGACAGCUACCAAUUCGCGCGCAUCCGCGCCUCAAACAGCUCCUCGGCCAACAACCCCAUCGGCAGUCUUGCAGCAGCAUCAGGCCUGAACGCUCCAGCCGGCGCAGGCGCGCCCGCUCCCGGCGGCGACGGCGGGAAGGGCGGCAAGGCUAAUACCCAUCUUGGUAUUCAGCGACCUGGAUUUGGUGGUGGUGGCUCUGGCGGCUCUGGGCAGGGUCGGACAGUGCUUACUAUGGAGGAUCUUGGUAUGGCUGUUUCUGAGUAUGGGGUUAGUGUUAAGCGGGGCGAGUUCUAUCGGUAG